AUGGGCCCUCAAGCGAGGCACAUUCUCGAGGCGCAUACAUACGUCCCCGCCUGCCGCUUCUCCCUUCGCAUCGCCGUCCUGCGCCUUCCCAUUCUCGCCUUGUUCCAAGAGACACUUCCGAAGCACACGCAGGGCAUCACAUCUCGUAGUGCCUGCGUACUCAACACCGCAAUCAUGGCGCCCAAGAAGAAGCAGCAGACGCAGACCCUCUCCCUCGGAGCUUUCCUGAACGAAGACAAGUUUGGAGGCUCUUGGGCUGAUGAGGUCGAGGAGUCUUAUGGCUCCCAACCUCUUCCCGCUCCGACCCACGAGCGUCGCACUGGCUAUUCGAGCUACGGCGGUGGCGGCGGCUUUGGUGACCGUGGUGCUGGUGCCUACGCUCCUCGUGACUCUUUCCCUACCGAGCUUCCCACAAGGCCUCCUUACACUGCUCACCUGGGCAACCUCUCCUACGAGGCCACGCAGGAGGCUGUCACCGAUUUCUUCGCCGACUGUGCUAUCACUAGCGUGCGCAUCAUCGAGGACAGAAUCGAGAACCGCCCAAAGGGCUUCGCCUAUGCCGAGUUUGCCGAUGUUGAGGGCCUGAAGAAGGCUCUCGACCUCGACGGCGAGCAGUUCCAAGGCCGCAACAUCAGAGUUCGGAUCGCCGAUCCUCCCAAGGGAGGUGAGUUCCGUGACGGACCGUCGGCGCGCGAUCUUGGCUCCUGGGAGCGCAAGGGACCUUUGGCCGACAUCCCCGGCCGUGGCAACGACCGCCGCAUGAACGACUUCGGUGAACGCCGUGGACCCCCCAGAGACGGCCCCAGCGACGAGGGCAGAAGCCGUGAUUUUGGCAACUGGGAGCGCAAGGGCCCGCUUUCUCCUGCCAUCACCCCGGAAGCUGGUGAUGACUCCCGCGACAACAGCCGGCCUAGGGGCUCAGACCGCGGAGAAUCCUUCCGUAACAACCGUACCGCCACUUGGGGCGAGGGAAGGUCGGACGGAUCACGACCUCCUGCUCGCGAGUUCCGUGAGCGUCCCGAGCGUGCUGAGCGCCCUGAACGUCCCGAACGUGCCCCCACAGCUGCCGAGAUGGACAACCAAUGGCGCAGCAACAUGAAGCCUGACCAAACAUCCGCCAGCGGCUCUCGGGAUGGAAGCCAAGCCCCUAUGUCUCCGGGUGGUCCGGAGUCAGCAGCGCCUGCUGCCCGCCCGCGUCUGAAUCUCCAGAAGCGAACAGUCACUGAGGCUCCGGCCGACGCCUCUAGCUCUGCCGGCGGUGAUGCCAAGGCCAGCCCCUUCGGCGCCGCUCGCCCCAUUGAUACCGCCGCCAAGGAGAAGGAGAUUGCCGAGAAGCGCGAACAAACCGCCAAGGAGCAAAAGGAGGCUGAGGAGAAGGCCAAGGAAGAGCGCCGGCUGGCCAAGGAGGCUGCCGCAAAGGAAGCCGAGGAGAAGGCUGCUGCCGACGCCAAGGAGGCCGAGGAAAAGGCUGCUGAGAAAGACGCCGCCGCCGCCGCCGCUGCAGAGGUCAAGGCAGAGGAGAAGGUGGAGAGUGAGACACAAAAGAUUCCCGUCAGACCAAAGGAGGAUGCCGAGGCUCCCAAGUCAAGAGCUGCUGGCAGUGGAAGCUGGAGGUCGUCCGGCGACCAGCCCCGUCCUGCGCGGGGUGGUGGUUAUGUCCCUCGCGGCCGUGGUGACGGCACUCGGGGUCGUGGUGGUGCUCCCCGUGGCGGUGCGCCCAGGAGCUUUGAGGGCCGUCCUCCUCGGGCCAACGGGUCUGCUCCCGCUGCUGGUGCUCAAGAUGUUCCUCCUUCCCCGGCCGCUGCUAGCGAGUCUGAGGCCGCUCCCGCUCAGGACCCCGAGGGCUGGACCACGGUGCCUGCCAAGGGCCGUCGCAAGUAG